ACAAAUAUUCUUCACAGCAAUGGGUCAGUCAGGAAAAGAAACAAUGCGUACAGUACAGUUGUUAUCAGGAUAUGACAUGCCUAUUGUAGGCUUGGGUACAUGGCAGGCUAAACCUGAAGAAAUUGAAACUGCUGUGACAAUUGCUUUAGAUGCUGGAUAUAGACAUAUCGAUACUGCAUUUAAUUAUAAUAAUGAAGAAGCGAUUGGAGGGGUAUUGAAAAAGUGGUUUGCGAAAGGUGGAAAACGAGAGGAUCUAUUUAUCACUACAAAGUUGCCCCACUAUGGUAAUCGUCCAUCGGAUGUGGAAAAAUAUAUUCAGUUAUCCUUGGACAAACUUGGUUUGGAUUAUUUGGAUAUGUAUUUAAUUCAUAUGCCUUUUGCUUUCAAACGGGAUGAAACUGCUUUUGCCCCAGCUACUCAUGAAGACGGAAGUUAUGUAUUUGAUCUUGAUACAGACCCUGUGUCAGUGUGGAAGAAAAUGGAAGAUCAAGUAAAGAAAGGUCUUACAAGAUCCAUAGGUUUAAGUAAUUUUAAUGAAGAGCAAGUGUUAAAUGUAUGGGAAAAUUCCCAAAUUAAACCAAGUAAUUUACAAAUAGAGUUACACGCCUAUUUGCAACAGAAUUCACUGAGACAAUUGUGUAAAAUGCACAAUAUUAUUAUAACAGCUUACAGCCCUCUAGGGUCUCCAGGAGCCAAAAUUCACUUUAAAACAAAAUACAAUGUUAGCCUCGAGGAGUUUCCGGAUCUCUUGGGACAUUCGAUAGUACAGAACCUAAGCGCAGAAUACAAACAGACAGCGGCACAAAUUUUAUUGCGAUACUUGUUACAAUUAGGUGUUGUUGUAAUUCCAAAAAGCGCAUCUUCCGAAAGAAUCAAAGCGAACAUCGAUUUAUUCGACUUUGAAUUAAAAGAAGAUGACAUGAAGCUCUUGAGUAGCUUAAACAAAGGUCCCCGUGGAAGAAUCUUUAAGUUCCUAUUCUUCAAAGGAACCGAGAAUCAUCCGUAUUAUCCAUUCAAAGACGAAUUAUUAUCUUAACUGAAAAAUUAUGAACAUGUAGUUUGAGUUUAUAUACAUAUAUUUAUUUAUAUAUUGAAAGUUAACAAAGCAUGGUACAAAAUAGAGGACUAUAGUAACGCAUAAAGGCACAAUACCAUACUGUAUUAAAUAAAAAAAAAAGCGUUAUUGAAUUUUAA